UCAGCUCAUCCACAACACCAGGUGGCGCGAGAGUGCAGCAAGGACGUGGAACCGGAAAAGGACGAAUGGUGACGUCAUCAACCGGCGACCACCUGGAUCGCGCGGGAAUUUGAAAGCAGAGAUGGCGGGUAUUCAAACUGUGUUGCAGCGCUCUGAACGUGUCCUGCUGGCGCCGUGUGGUGACCUGGACCAGUCGGACCUGGCAGACUCGGCAGACGGGACACUUCUCUUCAUGCAGGACAGUCGUCAGGUGAAGAAGGUUCUGUGGCGCCAGUUCUAUGUCCUGGACUCCAUGAUGCGUGUGUUGGAGGGUCAGCACCUGCUGACACAGCCCUGCCCCCCCCCUGCAGGGGGCGGAGCUCGAGACAGGUGGAAGGCGGCCAAGGCAGAGAGCAGGACCAUGGAGACUCACCUGGAGGCACUGAUCUCUACACUGCACCGCAACAUCCAGCAUGGAGUCAGUGGGCGACACACACUCACACACCUGUUGCAGCAGCUGCACAGCAAGAAGCAGCAAAGAGAAGACGUGGACGAGUGUGUGCAGAAGGCCCACAAUGCAUUGCAGAGAAGUGAGGGUCAGCUGACUCAACUGAGGGCGGAGCUUAAGGCGGUGCUGGCAUAUGUGGAUGUCUGGCAGCGUUUCAGAGAUGAUUUCAGGGUGUACCUGUCAGACGUGCAUGACGUCACACCCCUGCACCUGCUGUCUUUCGACCAAUCACAGCUGUCUCUGGAGUGCAGGCACAAAGAGCAGGCCGGCCAUGAUGUGGAGCCACUGAAGGUGUCGGUCAGGUGGAGUCAUGACGACCGCUUCACACUUCAGGUGAGCCAGCCGGGGCUAGCGCUCCACAGCGUCUCGGGCGGCCGCUCGGAGCUGGGCACCACCCUGCUGGAGGUCAUGCAGUACUACAUGGGUCAGGCCUGCCUCCUGUCUGAGAUCCAGCACUUGCGGUCCAGCUUCGCCAUCGACUGGCUUCCUGCCAGCCGCGUGCUGGUCUACCUGAAGUCUGCGUCACUGGUGUGUCACCUGCAGGUGCAGGAGGGUUACCCCGAUACUGGCGCCGUCAGUCUGCUGUCCGUGCACAGAGACGCUCAGCCCGUGGACACCUGUGGACUACAGCCUCCAAAACCUCACAGCCGCCUGACUGACUGGCUGAUUCUUCUCUGCAGCAGUUCUCUCAUCUGAUGUCCUCUCAUCUGAUUUCUUAUCCUUUGAUGUCCUCUCAUCUGUCAUGCAUUUAAUUAAAUAUAUAUAUCUUUUAAUUACUUGUUGACAUUCUG